UCUGGUGCAAAACUGUUUCACGAGGCUUUGAUUUCAGGGUUUUUUUUCCUUCCUCUCUUUUUACCUCACCCACCUCCCCCAGUCGUUCCACACACAUACGUACACACACACACACACAGGAAGUUUUGUCUUGGAGAUGGUACUGCUGGGAGCGCUGCUUUCGUGAUCUUCAGACUCCAGAUUCUUUUACUAUUGCCCAGAAGAAAAGAUGUUUGGUUUUCACAAGCCAAAGAUGUACCGAAGUAUAGAGGGCUGCUGUAUUUGCAGAGCUAAGUCCUCCAGUUCUCGAUUCACUGACAGUAAACGCUAUGAAAAGGACUUCCAGAGCUGUUUUGGGUUGCAUGAGACUCGUUCAGGAGACAUCUGCAAUGCCUGUGUCCUGCUUGUGAAAAGAUGGAAGAAGCUGCCAGCAGGAUCAAAAAAAAAUUGGAAUCAUGUGGUAGAUGCAAGGGCAGGGCCCAGUCUGAAGACUACAUUGAAACCAAAGAAAGUGAAAACUCUAUCUGGAAACAGAAUAAAAAGCAACCAGAUCAGUAAACUGCAGAAGGAGUUCAAACGUCAUAAUUCUGAUGCUCACAGUACCACCUCAAGUGCCUCCCCAGCUCAGUCUCCUUGUUACAGUAACCAGUCAGAUGAUGGCUCAGAUACAGAGAUGGCUUCUGGCUCUAACCGAACACCAGUCUUUUCCUUUUUAGAUCUUACAUACUGGAAAAGACAGAAAAUAUGUUGUGGAAUUAUCUAUAAAGGUCGUUUUGGGGAAGUCCUCAUUGACACACAUCUAUUCAAGCCUUGCUGCAGCAAUAAGAAAGCGACUGCUGAGAAGCCGGAGGAGCAGGGGCCAGAGCCUCUACCCAUCUCCACUCAGGAGUGGUGACUGAGGUUUAUGUAGAAGGGGAACAAAAAAUGAUUUAAAUUUUAGAAAGAUGCAACAAAGUAACCCUCGUAUUUUUAACUCGGAUACUUGCUAUUCUGCCAAAAGACAAUAUGUAGAAUGGUUUUGAAUGGGUUAUUUUUCUCUCCAGUUCCACAAACUUUGAAGCCAGUGUCUAGUUCACUUAAAAAAAAAAAAAGUGUACAUAAUAUUUAAGAUGCUGAGUAUUUCAUAGGAAAGCUGAAUGCUGCUGUAAAGUGCUCUUUAAGUCUUUUUUUUUUUUUUUAAUCCCCUUCUAAUGAAUGAAAAGGGUGAUUUCAGGGGACAGAGAUGGGAUUUUGUUGUAUAAUAAACUGUAUGUAGUUUUAGUCUUUCUAUAUUGAGAAGCAGUGGUUGGGGCAUUUUUAAAGAUGGCUGGCUAUACUUCUUUUCCCUCAUGAUAAUAAAUUUGUCAUAUCUCAGUAACAUGGACUUGCCCCUAGAGGUAUUUGUUAAUAAUUUUAAAAUAUUAAGGUCUUGCCAAUGUUCUGAUGAUUCAAGCCUAUACUACUGAAAUAUUAAGCAGGACAGACUAAACUUACAGGUACAAAUACCUUGAAGGAGAAAAAGUAAUGACUAAAUAUAAGCCCAAAACCAAACCCAUUGCCGUCUAGUUGAUUCUGACUUGUAGUGACCCGUAGGACAGAGUAGAACUGCCCCAUGGGGUUUCCAAGGUCAUAAAUCUUUAUGGAAGCAGAUUGCCACAUCUUUCUCCCAUGGAGUGGCUGGUGGGUUUGAACCGCUAACCUUUUAACAGCCGAGCGCUUUAACCACUCUGCCACCAGGGCUCCUCUGACUAAAUAUACAGAGAGGUAAUUUGACUGCGUAUGUUGCAUCCAGUUUCACCUCCCUCCAUAUUAUUAUUUGAUAAAGAUUUUAAUUUAUAUGAAACUUCUAAAGCAGAAUCAAAGCUUCUCUUGGAGAAAUGGCAAGUUUUUAGGAUAAGCAAUCCUAAAUUGGUACCAAAGCAUUACCACAUGAUAGAGAACACACUCUAUUAAACAUGUUAAAUUUCUGGAAAUAAAAUGUGCAAGUCUUCAAGGUGGCAUAAAACAAAGGCUAAUGCUUCUUGGGGCACAUUUCUUAGAGGGCUUGCUGAGUGUGUAAAUAAUUGACUUUUAUUUGUGUUAUGUGACUGUUUGGUGACUUCAUUUGAAAAUAUGCACAAUUCAGUUUUAGCUCUGGAUUACUUCAGUUGACCUUUGUGAAGGUUUUAUCUGUGUAGAGUAGAUAUUUGACUUAUUUUAACCUAUUAGGUUUUUUUGUUUUUUCACUCUAUAUUUAAAGUAAAAUUCUACUAAAAGAAAAGAGGUGUGUGUCAAUGCUGAGUGGGUUGAUUUUUGGUUUGGUAUCUUUUAGCCAAGCUUUCUGAACAUUGCGAUUUUGGGUGAUAAAUCCUGAAUGUGGAUCUCUUCAAUUCUAAAAUCUUCAUUAAAGGCCUCUCACUUGAACCCAAACCAAAGUACUCUCAUUGCCUCUUUUCUAAAAGUUCAGGAAAAAACUAUCACCAGUUAAGACUAUUCAUAAUGAGGGAGGAGCAUUUUGCCUACCUUAUAGUAACAAUACUCAGUGUUUAUUUUUAAAACUGGAUUUUAAAAAUUGGAUAGUAUAAUAUCAAUAAGGAGUGAGCCACUUUUUUGGGCAUCCUAUAGUUUUACAGUUCAUAAUCUAAACUUUUAAGAUUCUAUAUUUCUUCCUUUUGGAAAAAGCCUACAUGCUACAUGCCACUAUAUGCACAGACUACACAGUGAGUUGGGUCGGCUCUCCCACAGCCUUUGAGGUGUAUUGCAAGAGUCCCAGCCUUAUCAUCUUCUUCUGAGUUUUGUUUGAAAUGGUUUCUUUUCUCUUUUUUUUUUUU